AUGGAGAGCUCCCUGGAGGAAAAUGCAGAACUACAGAAGCAGAUCGCCAGUUUACGGUCACGGGUGGGCAGGAUCGAGUCCACAGCGAUGGACGCAACUGCCAACAAGGACAAAGACGCUGCUGGGAUGGUGAUGGGCCAGGUCACCGAGCUCUCUCAGCAGCUGGAAAAUUUGCAGACUCAGGUUGAGUGGACUUCAAAGCGUGCAGACCGUGUGGAGAAACUGUACAAUGAGCACAUGGAGACGCAGCUGAACCGGAAGACGGAGCAGGAGAGGGAGCUGUCCGAACGAGAGUCAAAGAUCCUUGAUCUGAGGCGAAUGGCCCUUGAGGAGGAGAACCACCGUCGCCAGCUGUGUGAGGUGCAAGAGGAGCACAAGAACAAAAUGCGUGCUUUGGAGCAAAAGCUCGAGGCGCUUGUAGACCUUGUCCCAGGUGGAGUGGCAGCCCUGGAGGGCUAUGCUGACAGCAGGACAGCCAACCACAGGCUUACGGGAAGGGUGCAGGAACUGGAAGGGCAGAUCCACAGUCUCAGGUCCCAGCUUGCAGCACAGCAAAUAUCUCAGCAGAAGACCGGCUGCUGUUCAAUCUCUUGA